AUGACCCAAAAUAUCCUGGUGUAUCCCAGAAUUCACAGGAACAGCCACCGAGUGGAGGCUUCGCUCCAGGCCCUGCCGCCCCAAAAGAAGCUACGACCCCUGCUGUGCGACUUGGAGGAACAGUUCAAGAAACAUGCUGGAGCUGACCAAGCUUUGGAUCAGAAAGAACUCGCUGAGAUUUGGAUCAAGGCUGCAGAAGUCAAAGUAGGCAAAGUGUCGGCUGAAGAGGCGGCCUUCAUCGAACAAAGCACCAAGGAGUACUUCCAGAUUAUGGACACGGACAACUCUGGAAAAGUCACCUAUGAAGAAUUUGUUGCUGGCAUGCUUGGUGGCAACGAAGAUGUGGGUCACAUGCGACAGCUUCGACAACACUUGAACGCCUCCAUGAAGCAGGAUCCAAAGAAGCUUCAGAAGUUGAUUUCCGAAUUCAGAGAGUGGGACAAGAACGGUGAUGGUUAUGUCACAAAGGAGGAACUUGAGGAGCACCUUGGAAAGCUCCAGGAAUUGUCGGUGGCGGACGGCAAGAUCACUAAAGAAGAGAAAAGCAAGAUGGACCAGGUUAGAAAGAUGAUGGAUGACGUUUUUGCCAAUGCAGAUGCGAGGCUGCUCAGAAAUGGUCUCAAUUUGCAGGACACUGGUGAUGGGGACCAAGGAAUAUUUGCAGCUGAGAAGGUGGAGAUUCUCUUGUACGACAUCUCCAAGGGCAUGGCCGCAAAGCUAGGACCACUGCUGCUGGGGAAGAGCGCAGAGGCCAUUCACACCGGCGUGUUGGUGUAUGGAUCUGAAUACUGGUAUGGUGGGAGGCUGUUCCGCAGUGACCCACCCUGUCGUAAGCAGUUUGGAGAGCCCUUGACCAGUCCUUGGGGCAUCAAGCUGGAUAGGUCUGAGCAAAAGCCUGAACUGCCGGUGGUGAGACUUGGGUACACCUUCGUGACCCAUGAGGAGUUUGUUAGCUGGCUGCAAGCCGAAGUGAAGGAGCGAUAUACCGGCCUUCACACCUACGACUUGCUCACGCACAGCUGCAAUCAUUUCAGCAACGAGGCGGAGGAAAAUCCAGUGUGCAACUUCCUGCUAGGCCAGGGCAUUCCGGAGAAGAUUUUCGAACUGCAGAAGACUUUCCUUACUGGCCCAAUUGUGGCGCUACGUCCCUUCUUGAAUCGCUACUUGGGAGGUUUUGCUGAUGCCCAAAAAGGGAUUGAUGAAAACUUCAUGGCGAAGGACGGUGAUGUGGAAGGCGGAAAAACUGCAGAGGACCUCAAAGACGAGUUGCUGGGUAGUGGCGACGUGGUCCUCGUGGAGGGUGUUGAUGGCAUUCAUGGUGCUGUGCUGGCCACAGUGCUGAAGGAAGAGAAAGGAAAGUGCGAGAUCAAGUACUUCGAUCCUACCGAGCACAGAAUAGAGACAAUGCCCCUGGCCGCAGAAGGGCGUUCCUAUCUCGAAGAUGAAGAAGACCACAAAGAGCUGAGCCAAAGAGACUCACUCUUCGGAUCUCUUCGGAUUGAGGUGCCCAUGAUGACGGCUAGACCUUCGGUGAGGCCGGACUCGCCCAGUCCGAUGGAAAACGCCAUGAAGGUGGCCCGCGCAGCCGCUAUGGCAAACUCGGCCGAGACAGCAGCCUCUGCUCCGAACACACCUCGCUACAGAAGUGAGCCUGUGACUGCGGAGAGUUUCAACGCUAUGGCAGCUGCUGCGAAAGCGGCGGCACAGGCUGCACCUGGCAUGAACAUUGUGGUCAGACCAAUCUCCACUGCAGAGAUGGCUUUGUUGAAGCAAGAUGGGAGGCAAUCGGCCAGGAGUUUGCCCUCGGAGAGCAACCAGAUGGUCAAUGAUGCACCUCUGCAGGUCAGUGCAAGUGCAGUUCGUGGAGAUCAGCUGAGGAGUUGCCAGGUUGAGCUGGCGGAUCUCAGGAAGGAGGCCCUGAAGGAUGAUCCAAUGUUGAUUUCAUUGUCCAUGCAAACUGGAAAACGGGUGAAGUGCGCAGUGGCUCCGCUAGUACUGCGAUUCCUGUACGUCCCAGUGGUCUCCGAACUGGUCACCACUGAAACCAUUGAAGGACCUUUUCAGCUGAACCCCGGCGAACAGGCCAACGGCCAUCAAGGAACGCGGCAUCUCAAGCUUCAAACCAUUUUCGAGGACAAUCGAAAUAGCCUGAUCGAGGAACACAGGUAUUUUAUGGCCAACGAGUGGAACAGCAGCAAGCCGUACACACGAUUGCAAUGUGGAUCGCGUGACCGUGGCCAAACCAAUGUUUUUACCUUGGAGUACGACUUGCUGUGUCCAGUUCAGCUGCCACACUAUUCAGGUGUCCAUUUGCUUGCGAGCACUCUGCGAAUGUGGUAUACUUCUAUGAUGGCAUGUGUUCUUCACAUAGUCGCUCCGCGAGACUUGCCCUUCGCAACUCAUACCAUGAUUGUUGAGAAUACCCUCAGCGUCGCUGUACGUGAAGAAGAUGGACUCCAGAAUGAGGCAUGCCCCAUUUGCCUGGAAAACUUCCAAGUUGGUGACAAGGUUAGACGCCUUCCGUGCAUGCACCUCUUUCACGUAGUUGGUGGAGAGGCUUCGUUACAGGGCCGGCACUGCAACAUUGACAGGCAUUUGGUGCUGGACAAGCAGUGCCCAAUUUGCAAGACACCAAUUGACAUCAUGGAACAGGUGGAGCGUGAUGGAGCACAACGCGCUCAGCCUGCGGUUUCACAGCCAGGGGAAAGUGCGCAAGGUGGUGAACAGCCCGCGACCCCAGCACCUGUAGAAGAAACUCAAGCAGAAGUUUCAAGGCCAGCUCAAAGUCCAGCGGCAGAGUCACAGGAAGCGACGCAACAAACGAGGCAAAGCGAGGCAGGGCUCCCAGAGCAGGCGGCAGAGCUUGAACGUGUUGUGCGGAGCUUGCAGUCUCGCUGGUUGCAGAUCCAGGAUGUCGUUGCAGGCGUGCAGCAGAUGCUUCACUACAUCGAGGACAGCCAGUCAGCCCUUUCCGCAGUUCGUGAGAACGCUGCUGCCAUGACAAGAACAGGUGAUGCAGAUCCGGCAGAUCCCCCAGCAGAGCAGCUGGAGGAAUCGCAGGAAGCGCCCGAAAAUCCCGACGUGCCGGCAGAGACACCCGCCACAGAGGUUGCAAUGCAGAGGCCUGAGGCGCCUGAGGCGCCUGAGGCAGAGCCGGAAAGCCCGGCCACGGCGGCCACGGCGGCCGCGGAAGCUGUGCAGGCAGCUGCAACGGCCACCACUUCAGAUGACAGGCAAGUGCCGAUGGAGGCAGCAAAUUGGCAACCAUUCACCAUGGCAGAGAAAGUUUGCAAUGCCUACACCUGGAGACGUCGACGGUUGGGGAUGCUCAAAGAGAUGUCUGCAGCUUCCAGCACCACUACAUAG